AUUAAAAUUCAAGUAAGAAUGUUUCAAAAAUAGUUAAGAUUAAAAAUACAGUAUUCAAAAUUAUCGCAAAAUGAGUACAAUAAUAAAAAACGUCGGGAAGGUUAUUGGGGCAGCUAGGGGAUCCUGUAUAUUUCGAGGUGGUAGUCGUUCAUUCAGUCGAAAGGGAAAACAGACAACAGUUAAUGCGACAACUGGUGACGAAUGUGCUUCAAAAAAGCGAAGUGAAGGUGAACCAGCUAUAAGAAGCAAUGACAAAUACCAGCAGGACGUUAAACAUAGUGUAGGAGCCGCAUCUUCUACAUAUCAGGAAUACAACACGUACUACAAAACUCUGGAGAAGAAAAAAAACAAAAGUUGUAGAGAACAACUUGAAUUUAAAGUUAUGCAGAAUCCAUGACUUCCUAGCCUGCCCCAAUCUAUGUUCCAUUUCAGACGAUUUCCAUGCGUUCCUCAAAUUUAAAUUUUGUACUCAUUUCGUUACUUAAUUAAAUACAUAUUUUUUAAUACAACCAAA